AUGCAGGAACUGGUAUGGGAUGAAGAUCUUGCAUCACAGGCUAGAACAAACGUCAUUAGAUUGCCUUACGUACACUGGAAACCUGAAAAUCUACACCUGAACGUUGCCUCUAACUUUGGCUGGGAGUUCAGAGGUCAAAAUGUCAUCGCUGAGGUCAUAAGGUUGGUGAACGCAAAGUUUCACAGCAUAGGCUGUGCUAGCCGUCGUGUUGCCAGUCGAAGACCUGCUGACGUUCUUUUUUGUUUAUAUAAAGGGAAUCCAGGAACAUCCGAGGAAGAAUUCGGUUUCGAGUACGGCGAGCCGUGUACAAAGUGUGUUGGACCGAAUAAUUUUUGCAGGGAAAAUCUAUGUGUGGCAUGUAACAACCAAGAUAACUGUGACUGUCGAAAAACAUGUGCAGAAAAUAACGUAGGCGCAGGCGUUUUAGACCGCAGUACGUGCACAUGCACGUGCACCUACGGGAACGGACCAAACUGUGAUCAGCCGUGUAGAAACAUACAGAUAUACAACACGCUUGACAUCUGCCAGUUGGUCGUUGAUGAACAGGAUUGUCAAGCUCCAGAAAUGAUCGAGGACUUCAAAAAGUUCUGCCCUUUAUCGUGUGGCUUUUGUCGACCUGCACCACAAAGUGGAAAUACGACAAGCAGCUGAAGUAGUCAACUUUCUACACAAAUACCCCAACAUUUUCUAAACUAUACUUACUCUAAGCUAUUGUAAAUAAUUAAGGCUUCUAGUAAUCUCUGA